UCAUAAAUGAUUUAGUUAGAGGUCAUUCGAUUGUGAAGUCCGGUUUUUAUGUUUACUUUUACUUAGUUUAGUUCAGAUAACAUUUACAUAAUGAAUAGAAUGAAGCAGUUGCAACUUAUUAAAAAUGUUAUUAAUCUGAAUUUCCAAAGAAGUUGCUCAAGUAAAUCUGGAGAAAUUUACACGAGCAGUGACUUCCAGAAUGGCAUUCGUAAAAUUACGAUGUGCCAUGGAAAAACACGUAACUCUCUAUCAGUGGCAAUGAUGGAAAACUUAUUGAAGGAAAUUGAAAACAACAGAGAUGACCCACAAUUGAGGGCAAUUGUUUUAGCUGGAGAUGGUCCAAUAUUCUCUGCUGGUCACAAUUUAAAAGAAUUGACAGAGGAUUGUGGUAGGGCCCAGCACAUGCAUAUAUUUAACUUAUGUGCUAAAUUGAUGGAUGCAAUUGUUCAACAUCCUGUUCCAAUAAUAGCAAGGGUAGAUGGUUUGGCUGCUGCAGCAGGUUGCCAGUUGGUGGCCCAAUGUGAUUUAGCUGUGUGUACAGAGAAAAGCAAAUUUUCAACUCCAGGGGCAAACUUUGGUAUCUUUUGUUCAACUCCAGGCAUUGCUUUGGCAAGAAGUGUAAAUAAGUCUACAGCCUUGAAGAUGCUUCUUACUGGAGAACACAUAACUAGUGAUGAAGCCAAAUCCAGUGGUCUUGUUGCAGCAGUAACGCCAACUCCAGAGGCUUUAGAUGAAGAGAUUAACAAAUUAUGCAAUGCCAUUAGAAGUAAAAGCAGAGCUGUUAUAGAAUUGGGGAAGAGGUUCUAUUAUAAACAAAUUAGAGAAGAUUUAAAAACUGCAUACAAUCUAGGUGGCAAUGUGAUGGUGGACAAUAUAAAUGGAGUAGAUGGUAAGGAAGGAAUCAAGAGUUUUUCAGAAAAAAGGAAACCUGUCUGGAGACAUGAAAUAUAAAUAACUUGUUGCAUUUUUUAAAAUCUAAACUAAAUUCUUAAUAAUAAAAAAAAUGUACAAUAACU